GCAGAGCGAUAGGUAACAAUUGGGAGGGAAAAGUGAUCCAGGAAGCCCCAACAGAGUCAAUCGCUGGAGACACGCAUUAUGCCUGAAUCAUGGCCGGGAAACCAGCUCUGUACGCCGCCGGCGUAACUUGCCUGGGCUUCGUGUGCUUUGCCAUAGCGGCUACUGCCAUAGGUCUGCCAAUUUGGGGCUACUUUGACAACCCCAUCGGCGGCUGGGAGUCCGAUCGUGGCUACUUUGGCCCAUGGCGAGUGUGCAAGCAAAUUGACCUACGGCCGGGAAAAAUGCGGCACAGAAGUUUCCCGCUUCAGGCCAACGAGAGCCAUUUACAUUUGUGGCAUCGUGGCCUCGCUCAGCUGCACAUUCCUGGGGCUCUUUUGCAUUUUCUGCAUCAUCCAGAUCGCCAUGAUAUCAUCGCGAGAGAAAGUCGUUAUGAAGUAUAGUGUUUUAGUCGUUUUUAAGCUCAUCUUCUCCAUUCUGGCAGCCAUCCUGGCCAUUGUGGCAGCAGCUCUCUUCGCAAUAGAGACAGACGAAAUGAGGACGGGCUUUAUGAUAACACGAGGUGUCUCCUUUUACU